AUGAAAAACAAAUCAUCACAAGACAAGAAGAAGAAUCCUUCGUCUAACAAGAAGACUUCCGAAGAAAAACACAAGUCCGUAAAAGGAAAUAAUGAAAAACAUGUUGCAUCAUCAUGCAUGAAUGUCCAUGCAUCCUCCUCUUCUCCCAUCGACAAGACCUAUUCCAAAAUUCAAGACUUGGAAAAUACUGACAAGCUUCUCAUUCAAUCUCCAAAAUUUGACGUCGAUGCCUUUCAAAGAUGGUACAAAUUCUAUUUGAAUGAGAAUAACAAGGAUGCUCUCCAAUCCAUGAGAAUUUACAUCAUGAAAGAUACUCAAAAAGCCAUGAUGGAAAAUGGCUACUAUUUUACCAGUAAACAAGUCAAGAUGGCACUACGAAAUUCUGAAAAGGAAAUAUUUGAGAAACAGUUGAGAAUGAAUAAGGUCUAUCUGUAUGAAGAACAGGAUCGAGUAGUAGGGGAGACAAUUAAUGGUGAUACUACUGUCAGUACUUCCUUAACAACAAGUGCUUCUUCGUCGUCGUUGAGUACUUUGUUGAAUGCAUCAUCCAAUCAAAUCACGUCGAUUACUGUAGUGAAGGAAGAUUGCAUUUCAGCGCUCAUUAAAUUACAUGAAAAGGGUCUCAAUCCAUGCAUUUUGAAUAUGGCUUCUCGUAAUAAGGGUGGAGGAGGAUACGAAACCGGUCAACCCUCACAAGAAGAAACAUUGUUUCGUGUGAGCAAUUAUAUUCAUUCAUUGUUGGAUCCCAAUGACAUUUAUUCGAAAUAUGCAUUGAAUGUUAUGGACAAACCAAGUAGUUCAGUUUCACACAACCAUUCUCAUGUGAAUACUUUUAUGGGACCCAAAGAGUUUUAUCCUCUCUCAGAUUUUCAAGUCAUUUAUUCUCCCAAUGUUCAACUGUUUCGAAAUGGUGAAGACAAAUUCUAUGAAUAUCUUGAAAAUGGUCCACUCGAUAUUUCAAUCAUUGCAGCAGCAGCUUAUAUUCGACCUGGAACAUUUACAGAUAAGAAAACGAAUCAAUUAAGAAUGACAUCAAAAUUUGAGGAAGGAACCAAACAAAAGAUUCGAAUCAUUUUACAUGCUGCUCUUGAUAAUGGUCAUGAUAGUAUUGUAUUGUCGGCGUUUGGUUGUGGAGCGUAUCGAUGCCCGAGUGGUCACACCGCAGAGCUCUUUCAUCAAGUGAUUCAUCAGGAAUUCCCAAAUCGAUUCAAGGAAAUUGUGUUUGCCAUUUUGGAUAAUGAUUAUACGGUCAAGAGCUCUUCAGAAUCUCAAAAGAAGCAAGCAGAGAGUAGUAGCAAUGGCAACAGCAGUUCUAGUUCGAAUUAUGAAUCAUUCAAGAAGGUUUUUUGUUGA